AUGGAUGAAUUUGAUGACGAUUUAUUUGAUGAUUUUGAAAAACCAUCUACUACUUCUUUUUCUGCUGAAGUACAAAAACCCAAUGAUGAUAAAACCAAUUCUAACGAUAACUCCACAAAACGGCCAUUACAACUCUCUGACGAUGAAGAUGAUAAUUUAAAAAAGACCAAAACUCCAGAUGAAUUAUCUGCUUUAGAUGUUGAAGUAUCAGCUCCCAGGAUAAAAAUUUUUGCUGUAGAAUCUCUUGAUGGAGAAUCAUGUAUACAUGAAAUUGCUCUACCAUUUAAUUUUGAUUAUAUACCAUUAAAUCGAGAUCCUAAUAAAAAACCAGCUAAAGUGUAUGAAUUUGAAUUGGAUCCAUUUCAAAAAGAAGCUAUUGCUUGUAUUGAAAAUAAUCAAUCUGUUCUUGUAUCAGCUCAUACAUCUGCUGGUAAAACUGUAGUUGCUGAGUACAGUAUAGCUUUGUCUCUAAGAGAAUCAAAACGUGUAAUUUAUACUACACCUAUAAAAGCAUUAAGUAAUCAAAAAUAUCGUGAAUUUCACGAAGAGUUUGUUGACGUUGGUCUUAUUACGGGUGAUGUUACUAUUAAUCCAUCAGCUAGUUGUCUUAUCAUGACAACAGAAAUUCUUCGUUCUAUGUUGUAUCGUGGUUCAGAGAUCUUGAAAGAAGUAGGAUGGGUAAUAUUUGAUGAAAUUCAUUACAUGCGUGAUAAAGAACGUGGUUAUGUUUGGGAAGAGACUUUAAUAUUAUUACCAGACAAUGUGCGAUUGGUGUUCUUAUCUGCUACUAUACCUAAUGCUAGACAGUUUGCUGAAUGGGUAGCUCAUUUGCACAAUCAACCAUGCCAUGUAGUAUAUACUGAAUACAGGCCUACGCCAUUACAACAUUACUUAUAUCCUGCUGGUGGCGAGGGUUUACAUCUUAUUGUAGAUGAAAAUAACAAAUUUCGAGAAGAAAAUUUUGCAGCAGCUAUGAAUGUUUUAUCUAAUGUUACUCAACCAGUUAAACAUUAUGGGCAGCCAAAUCGUCCUACGGCUAACAAUCCAGAUAAUGAAUCUAAUUGUUUCAAGUUAGUUAAAAUGAUUAUGGAACGAAAUUUUGCCCCAGUAAUUGUAUUUUCAUUCAGUAAAAAGGAUUGUGAAAAUUAUGCCAUGCAAAUGUCCAAAUUAGAUUUUACUUCAGAUACUGAAAAAGGGUUAAUUGAUAAAUUAUUUGAAAACGCUACAAAAGUAUUAUCAGAGGAAGAUCGUAAAUUACCAGCAGUCAUAAAUAUAAUACCAUUAAUUCGACGUGGCAUAGGUAUUCAUCAUGGAGGUCUUUUACCGAUCUUAAAAGAAACCAUAGAGAUUUUGUUUGGUGAAGGUUUACUGAAAGUUUUAUAUGCUACUGAAACAUUUGCCAUGGGUCUAAAUAUGCCUGCAAGAACAGUUUUAUUUACUGCUUGUCGAAAAUUUGAUGGCAAAGAAAGACGAUUUAUAACGUCAGGAGAAUAUAUACAGAUGUCUGGCCGAGCUGGUAGACGAGGUUUAGAUGACAAAGGUAUUGUUAUGUUAAUAAUUGAUGAGAAAGUUAGUCCAGAUACUGUCAGAAAUAUUGUACAAGGAAAGCCUGAUUCACUUAAUUCAGCAUUUCAUUUAACAUAUAACAUGGUUUUGAAUUUAAUGCGUGUAGAAGAAAUUGAUCCAGAAUAUAUGUUAGAAAGGAGCUUUUUCCAAUUUCAAAAUCAAUCUGUUAUUCCAGAAUUAGUAGAAAAAGUAAAAGAAUUAUCAGUUGAAAAAAACAAAAUAAUAAUAAAUAAUGAAUUUGAUGUAAGAUCGUAUUUUUUAAUUCGUCAACAGUUAGAAGAUUUAGCGAAACAAUAUCAUUCUUUUAUAACAGACCCAAAAAAUUUAGUACCUUUUUGUAAUCCAGGAAGACUUGUUAAGAUUAAGAAGAAUGAUGUAGAUUUUGGUUGGGGUGUUAUUGUUAAUUUCAAAUCUGUAUUAAAAAGUAAACAUGAAGGUGGCGGUAUUGGCGAAGCAAUAUUAAAUGUGCUAUUAAAUUUAGAACGAUCUGUUGAAAAUACAGAAGACGAGCCAAUACCGUGUACUUCUGGAAAGUUAGGAGAACCUGAAAUUAUUAAUGUCAGACAUAACAUGGUUGAAGAUAUAAGUUCUUUACGAUUAAACAAAAUGCCAAAUGAUUUGAAAUCUCGUGAUUCUCGAAUGUUACUGUAUAAUAAUGUAAAAGAAGUUUUACAAAGGUGUUCAACUGAUAUUCCUUUAUUAGAUCCAAUUACUGACAUGCACAUCAAAGACCCAGAGUUUGAUAAAGUUAUUGAACAAAUUGAAAAAUUUGAAAGUAGACUAUUUGCUCAUCCAUUACACGAAAAAGAAGAUGUUGAUGAACUUUAUUCUUUAUAUUUGGAAAAAGAUAAGGUAGACCGUGAACUUUUAAAAUUUAAAACUGAAUUAAAAAAAGCCAAGUCACUUAUGCAAAUGGAUGAUCUCAAAUGUAGAAAACGUAUAUUGAGACGAAUGGGCUAUUGUACUGCUGGAGAAGUUAUAGAAACUAAAGGUAGAAUAGCAUGUGAAUUAAGCAGUGCUGAUGAGUUACUAAUGACUGAAUUAAUGUUUAAUGGCGUGUUUAAUGACUUGUCAGUACCCCAGACAGUUGCAUUACUCAGUUGUUUUGUUUGUGAUGAAAAAAGUAACGAAAUACCUGCAAAAACUGCUGAAUUAGCGGGACCUUUAAGAAAAAUGCAGGAACUUGCAAGAAAAAUUGCUAAAGUUUGUAAAGAUGCUAAAUUAGAUAUUGAAGAAGAUGCUUAUGUAGAAGGCUUUAAACCAUUUUUAAUGGAUGUUUGUUAUGAAUGGUGUCGAGGUGCCACAUUCUAUCAAAUAUGUCAAAUGACUGAUAUAUUUGAAGGAAGCAUAAUACGAGCAAUGAGACGUUUAGAAGAAAUAUUAAGACAAUUAGUCCAAGCAUCCAAAAGUAUUGGUAACACUGACCUUGAAAAUAAAUUUAGUGAAUCUGUCAAGAUUGUUAAAAGAGAUAUUGUAUUUGCAGCAAGUUUAUAUUUAUAACAGUGUAUUAUAAUUGUCUUAAUCUUUUAUUUUAUUUUAUUUUUUUAUAUCUCUGAUGAUACUGUUAACAUACACCACUAAAUAAUACAUACAAUGAUUGUAAAUUUA